AUGCCCAGCGCCAUGUCCAGUGCCUGCACCUUGGCGCUGUCGGACCACGCGAUCGCCUUGCACAUCGCCUUGUGCCUCCUUGCCCAGGCCUGCCGGGGGCUGUGUGCACGUGUCCAGAGCUGCAGCUGCUCCCCAAGCGGGGCUCCCUAUGCGGCCCCCCUUGUCACCUCUCUCAGGGCUUCUAGGCACGUCAGGGGGGAGGCAGCCAGAACAUGUAAAAACUUCCCCAAGCGGGUGCUGAUAACUAUACCUCUUCACAGGCUAAGGGCUCUAGUCCCUGUUGAAGUCUGUCUUGCUUCUGGAGAUUUUCCAAAACCCUACUUUGUUUUAAAAUGCAUUCAUCUUGGUUUGUAA